AUCAUCAAUUGAUCGAUUGGCUCUUUGCACACCAAUCGUAUCCAAUCGAACGAUAUUGAACACAACGCAACACAACCAAGCCUGUCCCUCGAUCGAUCCACACCACCAAAGACGAUCGUACCAACCAGCACCAACCAUGGCAACUCUCAAGGCAACCUCAAACACAACUCCCUUCCUCACCAGCCUCAAGUCCUACCUCAGCGAAGCUCACCCCUUCGAACGACCCUCAGUCCUCUACCGCCCUCACGCAGUCCCUUGGAAACCCUACAUUGUCCGUCUGGGUCGGGCAGUGCCGAUGUACACCCUUGGAAUGGCGGCGUUUUUGUUGUGGCCGUUUGCUGCGAAAGGGUUGAUCAAUGCGAGUAAUAUGGUCGGGCAGAAGCCUUUGGCUAAGAAGGCGAAGAGGUGACGGGUCUGGGAGUUCGCAAUAUAGAGUGUGUGAUUUGGGAUUUGGCGUGGCAUCUGAAGUUGAUUUGGUAUGACAUUGGCGAGGUAUUGAAGGCGUUGGGGUUGAUGGUAGAAGGGAGUGGUUCAAAGUAGAUUCGUCACAUCUUUCUGCAC